CUUUCCCCAUUAUGACAUCAAACAAAAAUAAAAAUAAAAUUGUCACAGAAACAUUUCAUGGAUAUAUUGAAACUACUCGAGAUGCACUAUUACUGUUCGAAGCCUGUAAAAGAGGCAUCAUUCCACGUACAUCAAGGAGACUACAAGACAAAGAACGACAUUUGAUUCGAAGUGGUUCUAUAUUUUGUUUUGACGAACACGAAAGUGGUAUAAAACGUUGGACAGAUGGUUUGGUGUGGAGUCCUUCUCGAAUUUUGGGAAAUUUUUUAAUUUAUCGUGAAUUACAUGACAAAAAAUUAACCAGAAGUAACUCGGCCGAUUUUGGAAUGACGCAUGGUGGCGCAACAAACAUAGAUGGACGUAGCAGUGAGAUGUUAAGAAGCCGGAGCCUUGAUAGCGCUACUUCGCCCUAUGGAUACUCCGUAGCACAUGACCACCUCCGACGACAGCGUGAAAAGGCUUUACUGGGAUCUCUCAAAAACUCAUACAAGUUCAAAAAAAACGGUUUAAUCAAAAAGUCAAUGUCCCUAGUUGUUGAUGGUGUACAGCAACAUAUCAUCAGUUAUUAUACUAAAGAGGAUGUCUUGUCUAAUAGACUUAAAACACCAUCGAGUAUGACUGAGCUAUCUUCACUCGAAGUAUCAUCCGGCUUAAGUUUGAAACAAAACUAUCGUAUGCCACUUUUUAUGUCUGAAGAAAUCACAAAUGACAGAUUUAUGAACAGUGAAAAGGGAUAUUAUGACGAGUUAAAUGUACCUCAGUAUAACAUGGGCUCUUCGUCGUCUUCGUUUACCUCCUCAAUAUCUAGUAGCAUCAGUGGUAGUAGCAUCAACAAUUACCACACUGAAUUCAGUGACAGCCAACUUCCUCUUACAAAUAAUAACUAUCCAGUCAAUCCAUAUAGUUUGUGUAAUCUCAAUUCAGACAUUUUAAUAUUAUUUUCAGACACCUUUUAAAAAUUACUAUUGGCCUUGUAUAUAUUCAACUAUAAAUAAAUUAAACAUACUCUUCA